AUGUUCUGUAACAAAGGCUUCAGCUGCCCCCAUUUGGAGAUCCACCAGAGGGUCCACACAGGGGUGAAACCCUUCAGCUGUACACAGUGUCACAUGCGCUUCGCUCAGGCUGGCAACCUGAAGAGGCACCAGAGGGUCCACACCGGGGUGAAACCCUUUAGCUGUACACAGUGUCACAUGCGCUUCGCUGAGGCUGGUGACCUGAAGAGGCACCAGAGGGUCCACACAGGGGAGAAACCCUACAGCUGCCCCCAGUGUGAGAAGAGGUUCUCCCGCCAGCACCAGCUGAAGAUACACCUGAAGGUCCACCCACGGGAGAAACGCUGUUUGCCUCCAUACUCUCGCUGUGUCUAG